AUGGCAGUUCUCCUGUUAUUAUUUUCGUUGCUGGCAGUCUGCUCCGCGCAGUUUAAGGAUGACUUGCAGACUUAUGAGACGGAAUGUCUCAUGGAAGGUUCAUUUUCUUGUACAUCAGGUGUCUGUAUACCGUCAGAGAAGUAUUGUGAUGGGUACAACGAUUGCGAGGAUGGAGGUGAUGAGAACUAUUGUGCCAAUCACCGUCCAGAUGCUCACUUGUGCAACGAGACCCACCAGUUUCUAUGCACGGACGGGUUGAUGUGUCUUCCUAGCUCGUGGGUGUGCAACUAUGAAAACGAUUGCAAAGAUGGCUCCGACGAAAUAGGCUGUGAAAAGAUUAUCCAGCAUGAUAAUUCAUCAUGCAAAGGUUUCCAAUGUGAUGACGGUAAGCUGUGUAUAUCAGAACUCUGGAUGUGUGAUGGUUACUACGACUGUGUUGAUAAGAAUGAUGAAGACGUUACGGAGACUUGUCAUCACGCACCUCGUCCGAAGCAUCUCCAUGAUACCCUGAACUGUGAGGUGAGGUCAAUGAACUACACGUGCUUGGAUAAAUCCUACUGCAUACCGUACAGUAACAUGUGUGACGGGCUGAAGGAUUGUAGAGACGGUAGUGAUGAAGGGACAUUUUGUGCCGAAUGGACCAAAAUGUGUGCAAACAAAACCUGUCCCAGCGAGUCAUUCUGUAAGCCAACUCGUAAUGGUGCUACAUGCGUGUGCAACUCCUACAAGGAGUACAAUCCCAGCAGUGGUCAGUGUGAGCAUUCCCGACAGUGUCUCCAGGAAGUUCCCGUCUGUUCCCACAUGUGUGAGGAUAUGGGAGACUACUUUAAGUGCACUUGUGAUGAUGGAUACAAAUCAGAUCAUGCUCAGUACCUUUGCUUUGCUCCUGGUCCAGAAGCGAUGUUGUUCUUUAGUACCCAAAACUCUAUCCAGUACGUGACAGUCAAAUCAAACCAUAGCGUCACUGUAUUAACUGGAAUCAAAAAGGCCCACGGUGUUGCAUACGACGGCAAAUAUUUAUACUGGGUUGAAACAGAGAAAGGACAUCAAGCAAUCAUGAAGGCUCAACUAGAAGAUGUCGCUGGAACCAAACAGGUUCUGGCUGCUUUGGGUCUUGAGGAUCCGGGAGAUAUAGCUGUGGACUAUCUGGGUGAUAACAUUUACUUCAGUGACACAGCCCGCGGCUGUAUUACUGUUUGUCGCUCUGAUGGAGCUCUUUGCGUCACGCUCACCGCACAUACGAGAAGACCAAAGUUUGUUACACUGGAUCCAAGAAAGGGCGUUAUGUAUUGGGCUGAUAAACAAGACAAGCCUGUUAUAAUGAAAGCUAAGAUGGAUGGCUCGGAAUCAGAAAUACUUGUGCACGAACUGAGUUCCUUUGCUAAAGGACUUGCUUUGGAUGCACCAAACGGAAGAUUGUACUUCGUUGAUGGAACUAUUAAAGUUGUUAUACUAAAUGAUAAGAGAGUUUAUUCGUUCUUCGAAGAGCAAUUCCACCAUCCCUACUCUCUGUCAGUGUUUGAAAACACAAUAUACUGGAGUGAUUGGACUUCUAGGACCAUACAGACAGCAGAUAAAAUACACGGCACUAGCAUCAAUAGGAAUAUUUUGCUGACUCUGGAUGUACCGGUAUUUGAUAUGCAUCUCUACCACCCGAUCCUCACGAACGCCACUCACAACCCGUGUUCAAGUCGCUCGUGUCCACUCUGCCUUAUCACAUCAAACACAACUUCUGUCUGCGCCUGUCCAGAUUCUAUGCAAAAUGUGAAAGGCCAUUGCGAAUGGAUACCGGGCUACCGUCCUGACUACUUAUUGGUAGCAUCAGGCUCAGCUUUCAUCAGAAUAUAUUAUGAUACUGUUGGAAACCCCGAGACACACUCGACUGUCCUCGACAUAGGACGGGUCCAGGCCAUGGCAUAUGAUAAUUUCAGAGAUGAUGUAUCAGAUUCUUUAUACAUAUUGGACGCUGGUCGUCACGUUAUAGAAGUAACUUCACUGAAGAACAAACAAACAGCAUUACUAUAUCGAUUUAUAGAAGAGGAAAUACCCAUAAGCUUUUGUGUUUUGUCAGCGUACGGACGUAUGUUAGUUGCUGUCUUGGAUACAGAUAAAGAUGUCAUCUAUAUAGAUUCGUUCGGACUCGAUGGUGAUGAUCGUAAACGUAUAGUUACAAAUAAUACACGUGGUCCAAAUAUCCGUAUGAGGUACUCGUCUGAUCUGGAUGUAGUAUUUCUAUCUGAUGAUCAAAACGGAAUAAUCGACUUUCUACAUCCACAAGGUACUGGUAGAGAAAACUUCCGUGAAGUCGUAACAACUAUCGCCAGUCUAGCUGUGACCGACAAUCAUGUGUUCUGGACGGACAGACGGUCGACCAAAUUAUAUUGGGCAGAUAUACAUGACGCGACGAGGAAGAUACGAAGAAUAGAAUUAUCAAUAUUUCCAAACACCACACAUCUGGUUAUACUCGCUACUUCACCUCUUCCUAAGUCGCAUGGUCAUACUUGCACUAACUCGAACCCUCCUUGUUCCCAUAUUUGUGUGCAAAAAUCUCAUGAGUACGUAAAACCUGGGUCAAUCGAUUCAGCGCCUCUGCAAUACACUUGCUUGUGUCCUGUCGGCUUCAUAAAUAAUAAUGGGAUCUGUCACGAAGUCACAAAAUGUAAAGAGCAUGAGGUUUAUUGUCAUAAGAGCAAUGAAUGCUUUGAUGGUAGCAAAAAAUGCGAUGGUAUUGAAGAUUGCAAAUUUGGUGAAGACGAAGAAGGGUGCUUACAUACAGGAACAUACUACUUGAAAACAUGUGAAGACGACGAAAUCGAUUGUCAUGGAACUUGUAUUCACAGAACAGAAGUUUGUCGAAACAAUACAACGAAACAGUUAUUAUCGUGCGGUUCUUCGGAAUUCCGAUGCUCGGAUAACUCCAUAUGUAUAGAACGGUCGCUAGCGUGUGAUGGACACGCGGACUGUAAAGACGCUUCAGAUGAACACCCCGAUGCCUGCGAUACUAGGGACUGUGGAGAACAUGAGUAUAUGUUAGUAUGGUCAUCAUAG